AUGUUUUACAGCCACCGCAAGUCGGGGCAGCCAGGCCCCAUCACCCGCAUCAUGUGCUGCACCAAGGAGGAGUACGACAAGCUUCCAGAGGCGGACCGCGACCUGGUGCCCACCCAUGUGGCGCCCUCGUACACACGCCACCCUCGCAACGGCGACAUCUACUCUGCCUACAACAAGCCUGUGGCCAUCAUUGACUGGCUGGCCAAGAACGAUGUCAAGGAGGAGUAUGUGCUGGUCAUUGAUGCCGACAUGAUCAUGCGGGAGCCGUUCACGCCAGAGGAGGCGGGCGCCAAGCCGGGCCUGGCAGUGGCGGCCUACUUUGGUUACAUGAAGGGAGUGAAGAAUGCGCUGGCCAUGAAGCACGUGCCCUGGGUGCUGCCCCGCAACGACACCAUGGCAGGUCCUCGUGGGCGACGCGGCGACCAGGUGGGCGGCUUCACGCUGAUGAAUGUGGAGGAUUUAAGGCGUGUGGGGCCUGGGUGGCUCAAGUACACCGAGGAUGUGCGAUUCGACCCAGAUGCCUGGGAGCUGACGGGCGACGCCUACUCCACCCACAAGGGCGACCGGCCCUGGAUUAGCGAGAUGUACGGUUACAGCUAUGGCUGCGCCGCUGCCGACGUGUGGCACAACGUGCACCACACCGCCAUGCUCUACCCCGGAUAUGAAGUUGUCGAGCCGCCCAAGGUGCUGCACUAUGGCCUGCUGUGGAAUGUGCCGGGCACCGACUACUCGUUUGACAAACACUGGCAUUACAGCUUCGACCCGCUGAGCUGCCCGCCCUGGGAGAUUGGCAAAAGUCCGCGUGAGUCGCGUAAGGGCCUGUUCGCCCACCCGCCCAACGCCCGCUCCUUCAAGACCAGCGGCGCCGCGCUGCUGCGGGACCUCAUGUCCAUUGAGGUGCCGCUGACCCUAAAUGUCGCCUUCUGCGAGCGUCACCGCAAGUACUGCCCUUCCAGCGAGGAGCUGGAGCGGGAGUGUGGCAAGGCGGAAGCUCUGAUGAAGGAGUUUGAGGAGGUGUACGCGAUGCUGGAGCUGCCGGACCCCUGCCACGACAUAGAGAGUCGGUGCCAUGAGUGGGCUGAGAUGGGCGAGUGUGAGAACAACCAGGGCUACAUGUACGAAAACUGCGCCCUGUCGUGCAAGCGCUGCACCCCGCGGAAGGGGGGCAAGGCAGCUCUUGCUGCCAAGGCCGUCAAGCACAAGGUGCAAGCUGACAACAAGCCGCAGCGCACCAAGGAGGAUUUGGUGGCAGACAGCGCAGCACGGCUGCGUGGCGGCGGCAGCGCUGUGCUCGACAAACAGGCGGCGGCUGAGCAGACAAAGCAGCUACGUCUCAAGUGCACGGGACAUCCGGACUGGUCGCUAGACCAGGUCAAGGAUUGCCUGCGGCUGGCGGCGCAGGGCAAGGAGUACAAGGCUGCCCAGGGUGCCGUCACUGGCGGGGCCGACGGGCGUGCCACCGCGGCACGCACUGGUGGUGCGGCAGAGCAGGGUCAGCGGCAGGAGCAGCAGCUGCACGAGGACAAGGAGGUGCUCCAAGAGCAGCAGGCGGUGGAGAAGGAAGAAAGUGCUGCAACUGUGGCAGAUGUGGCCAUUGGCGACACCAUUGACACUGGCAGCAUUGGGCAAGCAGGCUCAGAUAGGCUACUGGAAGAGGGUCUGCUGGAUGGCGACGAGGGCUUGGCAGAAGAAGGUCUCGGAGCCGGCAAGCGUGGAGCGGUGAUCAAACGCAUCGGCGAGGGCACCGGCAGCAACAGCGGCGGCGCCAUGGGCGCAGCGCGGCUGGCCUUGUUUGGCGUGCUGCUGUGGGCGGGUAGCCUGGUGGUGGCUUGCUUCCUGCUGCCCUGGGCCCGUAAGGCGGCUCGUCGCAGCACCUGGGGCACAGGCGGCGGUGGCCAAAAGGGCGGAGGGAAGGGUGGGCGUGACGAUUGA